AGCUGAAGGGCAAAAGGCAGCAUAGGUAUCAUCGAACUAACUCGUCCGCUCGCUCACUCACUCACAACUCAGGAGGAGUAGCAACGGGGUUGGAUUAUUUAUUUUGUUUCCCUCCUCGUUCAACUGUCUCGUUUCAUUUCUUAAAAAAUGACUACCCUUUCAAAUUCUUUGGUUUUAUCGACAAAUCCUCCCCUUCAACUAUUUUCUGGUUCUCAUGGGAGUGCCAGCUCCACCAACUUGGCAUUCAAUUCUGGUCAUUUAAGGAAACUGCAUAUUUCUACCUCUAGAAGGCCUCUCACUGUUCAAGCUUCAUACAGUGAUGGCGAAAGGUCAAGCAGUGCUAAUGCCUUUGUUGGAGGUUUUGUUUUGGGAGGGCUCGUGGUUGGUGCACUUGGUUGUGUAUUUGCCCCUCAGAUCAGCAAGGCACUAGCUGUAGCUGAUAGUAAGGACCUUAUGAAGAGACUGCCUAAAUUCAUAUAUGAUGAAGAAAAAGCUUUGGAGAAAACUCGGAAGGUACUGACUGAGAAGAUUGCUCAGCUGAACGCUGCCAUUGAUGAUGUUUCCGGUCAGCUUCGAUCUGAAGAUGCCCCGAAUGGAGUUGCUGUAAACUCUGAUGAAAUUGAAGCUGCCAUAUGAAUUGCCUUACGAAUGGUGGUUUAACUAGUCUGUUUUAAUUUUCCUGUUUUCUCGACAAAACAGUGUAACUCUGUCAUUUGAAUAUGUGGUGAUUGUUGCUAAAAACAUGAAUACUUUAAAAACUUUUGCCGUACAUGAAGGUAAGAUGCUCAAGGUUUGCGACAAGUUUUUCAGAGCAGCAUUUGAGGUGUUUCCUACUUGUAAGGUUGAUUUAAUACUUGGAACAAUCUUUACUUAAAAUAAAUAUCCUGCAUUUGAUGUUUGGAAGAAAA